AGCUAGAAUCUCUUUUGGUGAAGAAACUUUACUAAACCUGGUACAGUGCAAUACGUUGCUGCUAAAUCUUUUAAAGCAAUGGAUAAAAGAUUAGGAGUGGAUAAUGUUGGUUUGACGGACAAACCAUUGUUCGUCAGAAGUAACCAAACAUUUUAUUCUAGCUACGAUAUUCCGAACUACAUCGGGGAAGCUACGUAUGGUGGCGGAGAAUGGAAGAUGAACAGAGCACAAACGCCGAAUUCGCUUCGGCCGACGGAGAUAAAGUCGAACGAAUUUAAAGAUCAUAAUGAGGAUGCGAAUGGUGGUUGCUGUGGAAAUAGUUUUGAUAUAUUUAGUGACGAAACAUCAUUUCACGGACUUAAGCACAUAAAAGGGGGAAACAACUGGAGUAGAAGAAUGUCUUGGAUUAUCAUUCUUGUCUUGGCGCUUAUUGGUCUUACCUACCAGAUAAAUCGUUCGGUGUCAAGGUACUUCGACUAUCCCACAAACACCAAUUUGAAUUACGUCACCAAGUCAGCAAUAACAUUUCCCAAAGUUACAGUGUGCAACAGCAAUAUGUUCAAGUUUGAUCAGGUGACGCCAUUGCUGGGUGGAAGUGUUCUAUUCUAUUACCACGGUCUGCAAUACCUUCGAAGCCUGACGCCCGAUAUCGGUAUAACUUCAAAUGGUAACGGGUACGGUAAGCUGGAAGACGAAACGUAUCCAGGUAAAAAAGAUCUGAAGGAAUUCAUUUGGUACAAUAGUCACCGAAUAAAAGACAUGCUUGAAGUGUGCGUUUUCAAUGGAGUCAUUUGCGGACCAGAAAAUUUCACCCUUACCUACACCAACUAUGGGGCGUGUUACGCAUUCACACCAACAACAAACAUAUCCUUGAAUAACGCAGGUCAAAGGUAUGGACUUAGCAUGAUUCUAAACGUUGAACAUUUGCAGUAUAUAACAGCUCCCCGGGAAAACGUUGGAUUUCGUAUUGCUAUUGACGGAUAUAAUGAUGACCCUGAUAUAGAAGCAUCGGGCGUGGAUGUGGGAACUGGAAUAAGGGCUUCAAUUGGACUACGGAAACAAACGAUUACAUCACUACCACCUCCUCACGGAAAUUGCAUUGUUGAUGGUGACAAGCAACUGAAAUACCAGGUGAACAAAAAGUACACACAAUCCCGCUGUCUACUUGAGUGCGAAACAGAUUACUUCAUGGAAGUCUGUGGAUGCCGCACUUUCUACACGCCUGGAAAUGAAACCCAACCGUUCUGUUCUCCUUCAAACUUAACUGGAUGCUAUAUUCCUAAAUAUGAUCAAUUCGCUGAUCAUCGGCAAGUUUAUUGUAAGUGUGAAGAAGCGUGUAGUGUUGAAAGUUUUUUGAAAACGAACUCUUUCAGUGGUUUUCCAUCACGUGGCGUUCCCCAAACAUUUGUUGUAACCAAACAAUGGAGGUAUUAUGCGCUUGCUUUUGGAUUCAACGUCAGACAAGGGAUAGAAUUUCAAAUGAACGAGAUUAUAGAGCAAAUGAUAGAAGAGACAGAGCAGUUCGUGAUAGACGCAUUCAUCGAAGUCGGUCUACCGAACUAUACAAACAAUCUGCCAACCGAAUAUAUCGAACAACUAGCUGAGCAAUUUAUGAUUUUCAACUACGAUGCAAUAUUUUACUUGACCAAUAAAAUCAGUGAUAAUAUUUUUUAUGAUCUUAUAUUCGAAUACCCAGCUACAGAAGUUGGCUCUGAAUUUCAUAACUUAACAAUCGAUGGGGCCACGGAUGAACUUUCUUACCAGAUCGACGUUAUAACUGACACUAUGACUGAAGCUGUUCAGCUCACGUACCCUUCACAUAAUUUCACCAGAGAAGACGCAAAAAAUUACAAUGAAGUACUGAUGAAGAAUAUUCUGGAGUCUGUGUAUCCUAGGAUCAGAAAUGCCAGUCUAGAAGUUGGUGUAACGAUUUAUACUACUAACGAUCUGGCCUCCUUAACACAAGAAUACAUGGUGGAUAACAUGGCUAGAGUUGACAUCUAUUUUGAGACAUUGAAGGUGGAAGAGAUCAAAGAUCAAAAAGCCUACGAGUUUUUCUCAAUCAUUUGUGAUCUUGGUGGCGCUCUUGGACUAUUCUUUGGCGCCAGUCUUGUAGCAUUUGUUGAAGCCAUAGACUUUUGGUUUAUUAAAAGAUGCUGCGGACCCAAGAAGAAAUGAACAGUCAGUCAAUGGCAUACACUGCAGUGAAUUAUUUUUAUUCACUAAAAUAAUUGGUCUGUUAGAUUAAAUUUAGUUCUAACAUAGGUAGAAUAAUUUAACAUUUGUCAAACAGGAAAAAAUUAACAGUUAUCGUUGUUAAUAACAAACAAAAAAAUGAUCGAAAUUUGAAGUUGAAGGUGCUUUUCACUUUAAAUGGAUGUUUACUUCUUUCCACUGUAAAUACUUUACAACGGUUGUCAUUGCAGACAGCAGCAAUUGGUUAGCGUUAAAAAAUACUUAUAUACCAGACUUCCACAAAGUUCACAAGUAGGUAUGUAGUUAUGACUUCAGAAUCAGGUAAUGUUUGAGUGUGAUGUGCUACUUUUCAAUUUCACUACAGUAAAGCCCUACUGUACAAUUCACACGUUUAUAGUAAAUUUCGAUUUCUGCAAAUAGCAUUAGUAAGGUCAUGCUAUUUGUGAAGCCAGGGUUGUUACUACUACCAGCAGUUUAUAACACUGCUUGUCAUUUGUUUACCUAUAGUACUAAUGGACCUUUCCGCUAGGCCCCGCCCCUUAGAUAUUUUAGGAUCCCAUAAAAAAAUAAACGUCAGUAAACUCGUGCGUUGGUUGUAAGAUAAGCGCGUAUUUCUGACCCUGAAUUGAUUGGUCAGUUGUUAGGUUUGAUGUCAGUUGUUAGGUUUGAUUGACAAUCCAAAUAAAAUGUAAAAUAUUAUUAAUUGGGGCAAAACAAUAUAUUUAUUGUAUUAUAUAUUUAGUGUACUAUUUUUUUUUAUACUGACUACAUAAAAUACUGUAGAUUGUGUAUAUAAAUGCCAGUAUCCAAAAAAGUUUUGUGCAUGAUCUACAAUUAUAUCUAUGCUAAGUCAAAGAGCCCUUUCGAGCAAAAAACUCCAACCGUAUUUCGUUUAUUUCACCGGUUAAUGGCGAUGAGCACUCAGCGGGUGGUCGACCGUCCGAGCAAGUUUUAGCUCAUGUUAAAUACUGUGUAACGAAACUACUUCAGAAGUAAAUUUUAACUUAUGCCAUGGUCAACCCACAUUCUUUGUUUACUUUCUUCUGCUGCUAUAACGGCCCACGUAUGCACAACGCGGCAUGCGUGAAUGAUAUUUGGGCUCAACAACUUAUAAUAGUUGUUCAAGCGGUUUUCGAUAGUGUGUACUGGUAAAUCGCACGGAUAUUUUUUCGCUCGAGCGGGCCACAGUCAUAUUGAUAAUAUGAUUGCAAAAUCUAACAUUGACUCUAACUACUGUAUAAUAAAAAUUGGUGCAUAGUUCUUUUAGGCAUACAGGUCUUUUUUUUUUGUAUUGCCAUUGGCAGAUAUUAUUAGCCACCGAUGGCUUUUGUAGCAAUAUACUGAAUUGAAAUUGAUUGUGUAGGAAAAAAAUU